AAGGUGAAGUUAGUUUAUUUUAUUUAAUUAUGUUAUUUAAAAUGAAAAUUGAAUUGAUGAUAUGUACGACCUUCACAUCAAACCCAUCGCAAAUAACAAAUCAAUAUUCGGAAGAAAAUAAAGAAAAUAUCUAGAGGCACAGCUGAGUCCAAUGAAGAAGAGUAAGCUGGAGGUUAAUUGUGGGCCCCAUGCACCAUCUACAUCUACAUCUACAUGUUUUUGAAGAAAUGAAGAAAUGAGUUCCACGAUUCAUCUCUCCAAGUGCAAAUAGACGAAUUAGCUCUCUCACUCGUAGUCGUAGUAGCAAACCAAAAUCGAAUUCCCCACCGCACUACUACUACUAUUACUAUAUCAAAAUCAAAAUCAAAUCAGUUAUUCUUCUAUUCUACGCAAUUGGAUUGAAUGGAGGUUGAGGAUGAGUGGGAGCUCCUCUCCGACGAGGGCUACCUCGAGAUCAGCGACGACGCCGGCAAGCAGAUUUACUCCCGCAACCCCGCCGCCGCCGUUGUUGUCCACACGAACUACUUCAUCUGCCCGCCACCCCCUCAAUUUGUCGAAACUACCGCCAGUCGCCUUCUCCCUGCUCCCGAUCCUGAUCAGCCGAUUCAGAUUAAUAUCGAGUCCGAUCAGGAUCCGAUUUCACAAGUUUUCUUCAAAAAGAUGAAGGAGGCUGAAUUUGUCGACAUGAAAGUGGAGUCGCCCAAGCCAAGCAAGUUUGAAGCUAAGGAAGAUCCUUGCAAAUUCGAUGCAGAAAUGGCGAUCGAGAACGAGAAAGACGACGGCGCCAACGCGUGGAAGCGGAGCUUGAGCGGGAUCGGCGCUAUCUGCUCGUUCGGAGUGGCGGCAGCCACUUUCUGCAUCAUCGUCUUCACCAACAAACAUCCUCACCACCACAACCACAAGCUCCAGUUUCGGAUCUACACCGACGACAAGAGAAGAAUGAAGGUAAAAGGGGCGAUCGCGGCGGUGAGUGGAGUUCCGAUAAGCAGAGCACGAAUCACUGUGGGUGGCUACUAUGAUGCAGCAAUUUGAUGAGGAAACCAAAUUAAGGGAAUCAAUGUUUGAUAAAUAAACGGUGCCCUCUUUAUUCACAAUCUAUCUAUCAAUCUUGUAUCUCAACUACAACUAUUAUUGCGUUUAUGAUUGUGAUUGUACAAAUGUCAGCAAUAUUAGGCCUGCUGUUUCUCCUGAAAUGAAUUUCCCAUAAACUGGUAA